AUGGCACGCUUUCCCUUUGCGGAGAACCUGAGCCCGGGAUUGUUAGGUGGCGCUGUUGCUCUUGUAGCCGUUGGCCUCACCGCUGCUUAUUUUUGCCUUCGCAUGAAAAACACCAAAGGAUGCUUGGACCCCAAAAAUUUCAAAGAAUUUAAACUUAUAAAGAAGACUCAGCUCAGCCACAACGUUGCAAGAUUCAGAUUCGCCCUUCCUACUCCUUCUUCGGUAUUGGGCCUUCCAGUUGGAAAAAACAUACUUGCUAGGGGGAAAGACAGCCAAGGAGAGGAAGUUAUGAGAUCAUAUACCCCAAUCACAUUGGAUUCAGAUAUUGGCUACUUCGAAUUGGUUGUGAAGAUGUACCCAAAUGGAAAGAUGUCCCAUCAUUUUAGACAAAUGAAAGAAGGUGAUUACCUGGCCGUGAGGGGCCCUAAGGGACGUUUUAGCUACAAACCAGGCCAAGUUAGGGCAUUUGGAAUGCUUGCUGGAGGUUCAGGCAUAACUCCAAUGUUUCAGCUUAUAAGAGCCAUACUAGAAAACCCCAAAGACAAAACAAAGCUACACCUCAUUUAUGCUAAUGUAACAGAAGAUGACAUUCUUUUAAAGGAAGAACUAGAAAACUUUGCGAACAAAUUUCCUCACAGAUUCGAAGUCUAUCAUGUUCUUAAUAAGCCUCCUAAUGAAUGGAAUGGUGGCGUUGGGUAUGUGUCGAAGGAGAUGAUUAAAUCCCAUUGUCCAUCACCAUCCCCAGAUAUUCAGAUACUAAGGUGCGGUCCACCACCAAUGAAUAAAGCCAUGGCUGCUCACCUUGACGCACUGGGCUACACAUCACAGAUGCAGUUCGAGUUCUAACGCUUCAAUUGAGUU